UCUCCUCAGGGAGUCGCUCAGAAUUCACCAAAUAUUCUUCUGCUCCUCCACAAUUUUUUUUAUAAUUAGUGAAACAGAUAAUUUACCAAAUUCGUUUCUAAUUGUAAUAAUUUAGGCAAAGUAUUUACGCUUAGUUUUGAUUACAUUUCCCAACAUUUACUCAUUUCCUCAGUGAAGGGAAGCGAUGUUUCGAAAUCUGAUGACGAUAAUUUCUCCUGUACGCUCAAAUGUACUACGACGAUGGCCGCAAACGAAAGAGCAUGUGCAGUGCUAUGGAAUUUCCAGGCUAUGGAGCUUCGGCUCGAGAUAUCAGGGGAUUUGUAAUAAGUUGACACCUCAAUUGGUAACAUCUUCAACAUCAAAACAUAAGAGAACUUUUGCUACUGAGUCGAUUACUAGAAUUAAUACGAAUGUAGCAAACAACGUAAUUCUCUGGAAAUAUGAAAAUCCAAAACAUUUUCAACGAUUCCAUAUGUUCAGUAUUGUCCAAUUUAUCAUCUUAAUGGCGUGCAGUUACACAUCAUGGAAGUACAUCCCGAUAUUCGAGGAGGAUAUGUCAUGGAAGGAAUAUGCUAAGAAAUCGUACUUGUGGGGUUCAUUGUGUUUUUUUGCAGCAUUCGCAGCAAUUGGCACCACAAUGAUGAUCUGGAUCUUCACCUGUAAAUCAUUGAAAUAUAUCAUCUUGAAUAAAGGCGGCUCUUCUGCAACUCUAGUAACUUAUCAUCCUACUAAAGGGUCUACGGCGAAAAUUGUACCCCUUGAAGAUAUUGUCAUCAAGAAAGACAGAAAUGACGUUGGAGCCUUCAUCUCUUUGAAAGUGACGGGCACUCGAUUUUUUUAUCUGGUAGAUAAAGAUGGUAUUUUUGUGAAUCCACACCUAUACGAUCAAACAAUAGCCCUUGAUCGACUUUCAAAAUUUACUCCGAAAACAAAUCCUGACUCUAUUCUAUAGUAGAUAAUGAAAUGUGUAUUUUCCUUAAGUACUACGGCCCAAUCGACGAUUUGCGGCACUAUUGCAGCAAAAUGGCCGUCUUUUGCGUUCCCUAAAAUAGGGAUAAGUGUGACAUCAAGAGUACAAUGUCUAAAAGUUGGAAAUUCUCAUCGCCCUGAUUAUGAAUAUGCUAGAAAAAAUUUCUAACGCGUUUAAUGUUCGAUGAAAAAUGCCGAUGAGGAUCAGUUAAUUAAAGAAUUUAUUGGGUAAUGAAUGUGAACAUAAUGGAGAAGGUAACGAUGGAUGUAAAUUAAAGCAAUUUCUCUCUCAUACGAACUCCAGUCGUUUACUGUCCAACAGAAAAGACCGAAGAUAAUCCUUUAAAAAAUGACUAAUUUGGAGAUUUUCAGGGAAGAUAUAUCACGCAGGCGCACAUAAGAAUGCUUUCCAUGAGCACCGGUUCUAAUCGAAAAUUUUACUUACCGUUACUCCGAAGACAUUUUAUUUUAAAUUAACGUAGUUUCCCCAUCACUAGCCCCGGACAUAACAUCGAGUGCACUUGACUAAUGUAUAUUUGAACUAGAAAUCUUACUACAUUCUUCUUUCCAACAACGGAACUCUUCGCCGUCUAAUAUUUAUCUAGGAAUCACUGUAUAAUAAUAAAAAAAAGGUAGAAAUUAGGGUGUCUAUUGUAGAAUGUCAGAAGAGACAAUUAUAAACGAAAUCUGGGGGAAUUAAUAACCAAACGAUAAGAAAAUGGUGUAGCUCACCGUGGGGAUAAGCACAAUUGUUGAGGUAGGGACAGAAAAAGUAUUUUUAACUACUUCGGUUGAUUUCCGAAAAUUAAUUCGAUAUCAACUACUAUACUGUGCACUACGUGCGAUGACAAGAGAGGAAGGAUCACGAGGAAUCUGGGAUCGUGGCUCGGAAACGGAAGAAGAGAACGACAAGAAUCUCCAAAGUGAGUUUGUGGCUACGUUAGUAACGAUUCUUUCCCCUUUUCAACGACUUUACAAUUUUGGAGCAUUUUUCAGCAUUUUUCUAGUUUUCUUGUGGAGGGUUAGGUUGGGCUUCCGGUGAGUAAGCGUGAAAAGGUUUCUUUACGGCAAACGAAAGCCAGUGGCUGUACGAAACAAGUUUGCUAUUAAAAGCCGAAAAUUGACGCAAUGAUUAAUUAACUUGACGUAGUCAAUUAUCGAUCUUUACGAGUGAAAUUAAGUAACGAUGAGCGCGAGACUCUCUCUCGAGGUUUUCCAAAAUUGCGUCCAUUGGAUUUGGCGUUCUCGAUUUCAGAAGUUUGGUGGAUUAAUUGAUAUAGUAAUUUCCUUUUUCCAACCCGAGCAACGAGGCAUAUCUUCUUGAACCUUGAGUGAAAUGCUAGAUAAUUUUGAAGCUUGUGUGGUACUUGAGGGAUUAUUUUUCCAACGGAUAUGUCGGCCAAUAGAAUUGCACCAUGAGGCGAACCUCACAGUUCAGAAAAAAGAAUUUCAUAUGUGUCAGUUCGUCGUGGAGUUAAUUUGACUGAAUAAUGUUUUGUUUUUUAUAUAGUAACUACGAGAGAGAAUCAUCAAUCAAAAAAUUAUCAGUAGUAAUACCACUAGUGCUCCAAAAUAUCCGAUGAAUUUUGGAGCACGAGUGGUAUUUGACGGAAUAUUUCCCGAGUCGGAUUUCGGUCAAGCAGGGUGCAGUAUUUGAGGUUGUCAUUGCUCUCCAUCCAUUUGUCAUCCAAAAUACUUACUGUAGAGGUGUUAGAAUGUGAGGAACACUGGAAGCAUCAGCAAUAGUCUCUUUUGACGUAGCUUGUUCUAAUGAAUAUCCUUUCUGUCCACAGAAAUUUGAGAACUGUCGCCAAACGCAUUCCUUCGAUUUCACUGUGUUUAUUGGCACAUUUUCACUUAUGGAUUCAUUAAUUCCUCUCAGGGAAACCACUCCGAAGCGAUUCAUAUUGAAAUUAUGUGUUAAAUAGCCCUUUUUUCUCUCAAACUGUCAAAUUAAAUAUUGAACGUGAAAUGCGUCAAAAGAUGAGACAUUUGAAAAUCUACUAAUGAAUUUCCGUCGGAAAUUUUUAAGAAAUUUCCGAAAUAAAACUCUUUGACGACCUCAAAUACUGCGCUCUGAUUGGCCGAGAUCCGACCGAGGAAAAUAUUCAGUUUAAUACCAUGUAGAUUGUACCAUUUGCUGCGCAUAGUACAAUUCUAUUGGUCGAUAUUUGGGUUGGAAAUACAAUCCUUCAUUGGAGACACAUUCCGGAUGUAUGAGCUGUGGAUAACUAUGAAUACUAUUUUCUUUUGUUGAAUUUCUUCGUUUUGCAUUACGUUUUGUCAUUCCUUCGUUUUAGAUUUAAUUAUUCGAGGAGUUAAGAUUUCGAUAAAUUCAGGUUACGAGGUCGAAUUAUUUAUUUAGGUCCGGGCUAAAAAUUACCUAACGCCCGUUGUUGAAUUUUGUCAGGUUUUAUGAGGGUUAGGAGAAGUAGGGGGAAGGUAACUAGCACUUUAACCCCUAUACAAAAAACUCAUGCUAUACACUUCGCUAAAAACUAGUAUCAUCACAUUAAAAGAUAAUUCUAAUGGAUAUCGAGUGUAACGUGGUAUUUUUGAUUUCGACCGUUCGUCGGUUUUUGGAAUGUCCAGACGAGAAGUAACCAGUGGCGAGGCAAGAGUCUGUCUUUUAUAAAAAUUCAUUUUAUACUGUUUUUGCUUUUAUUAUUUUUUUUUCAUUAUAUCGAGCCAUGUUUCACCGCUCAUCUCGGACUCAUCGUGGGAUUUUGGAUACUGUCACAUUACUCUCUUUUGUUGGAGAACGCAAGGAGGUUCGGGAAAGAGUGUGGAGUUUCCGCCGGGAGAAACUGAGUGGUGGCGCCAGCGUCCGGAGCUAGAAUUUGUUUCGCUCCAAAUCAGCAAUUAGGCGGAAUUUUAACGACGGAAUUUUUGAGCUCUAUAAAGUAGAACAAUUGGACUGAUUUUAAGAAAAAUAAUUUUGGGUUUGUUGAUGGUUUAGGAAUCCCCAAUAUUACUUAUGGCAAUUAUGUGUCAGUUGGACUCCUAUAAAAAUUAUAUUAUUAAGUUGAUUGGCUGUGCUGAUUAACAGCCAAUCCGAAAACUCGUGUGUCGGUGACGAGCCAAUCAUGGCUUUGGCAGGUCUCGUCACCUGUUGAGCAUUGUCGUUCCGCGAUUUAACGACACUUCUCGUUUGGACGCCGGACCAGUGACAGCAAAACUGUUAGUUGUAAAUUUUUUUUUUUGUGAAGACAUUUUCGGGCGAAAGGAAAAGACCACGGAGGAUAUAGACGAAUCUGGGAGAUUCCUCACUGCUCUGGGACCUCAUUUCAUAAAGUUCGGUGAGCGGUGGAUUUAUUAAAAUUGUUUAUUGUAUUUCGAAGCAUUUUUGAUUCUCUCAUUCUUGUUAAUUAUUGAACUCAUUGUCCAUGGCAUUGACGCCAUUUUCGAGUAUUCCGAUUUCUGGUUUGUUUAGUCUCGUUCGGUAGAGUCAUGAUAAUUUUGUUAGCGUUAAAUUUCAAUGACUCGUUAUGAUAUUGAGUUUUCCUUGACUUAGAACUAUCGUGGUCUUAACUGAGUAAUUUAACGACUCGUGCCUCUCUCCUAAAUUAUAUUUUGGAAUUUAUUUUUGCUUCUAUUAUCGAUUUUCUUUUGUCUGGCGAAGUGGUAUAAUCUCGAGAUCAGUGUUGUUAUCCUCGAGGUUUUAAUUGAUAUUAUCGCGGCCUGUAAAGCCACAAAUACUUUUGAUUGAAUUUUAUGUAAUAAAAUUUAUCUUUUUGCAUUGGAAGGGGAAUUGCAACGUUUGUCGACGCUCGAGAUUUGUGUUUUGCCGGUAACCCUUUCGGUUACUUUCGACGUUUGUUUACGUUCUCUCGAGGCAAUUCCCCUCUCAAUUGCUUAACUCUCUUCGUUUUAUUGUAUGAGUGGACACGCUUGUUCCUCGUGUUAAAUGUAGAUUCCGUCACCGUAUGAAAAUUCUGACUUAACAAUUACUAGCUGUUUUAUCGAUUUCUUAGAAUCUUGACCCUAGCAUUUCUGAUUUAUUCUGACUUGUUAUUUUCGACUAGUAAUUUUACUUAUUGACUGAUGGUUAGGGAAUUUGUUUGUAAAUUAUUUGUUCGUGUCUUUGUUAAUUAAUUUAUUUUCUUUGUGACCGAGGACAGCGUGAUCCCAUAGUUGAGAGUAAGACGGCGUUUUUGAGAUACUUUAUUUUGUUCCGAUAACUUAUAAUAUUAUUAAAUCAAGAAUUUGUUACCCCGCAAACAUUGAAUUAAUUUUGAGUUACAAUAACCCACUGAGAAGAGAUAAGUUAAGUUUAUUUUCAGUGACAAAUGAAAAAAUAUUUUCAGUGACAAAUUAAAAAAUAGAAAUGCAUAAUUUGGCAUCUCAUGGUGGUUGACACCUAACCCUUUUUCAAUGUUUUUCACGUUCUUCAUUUAUCCUUGGAAAUGAACAAUUUUUCUAAAAAACCGCUCUUUACUGCACCCUAAAGUAUGAAAUGUAUUUUGAAAAUACAGGUUUCCAAAACAAGAGAUGUUUUAGAAAUAAUUAAGGAAAAUGCCUUGCAAAAUGUGAAAAUACUUAAUUAAUUGUUGAUUAUCCAUACAUGUGUUUUGAGAGAAAAAUAAUGGAUUAUUUCACGUAGCCAUUAUUUUUGGGGCCAAAAUGUAAGUGGCAAGCACCCCAAAAAA